AUUUCGUUUUCCCUCUACCCCGGUUCUCCCUAUCCCCUCCCCUCGCCGGCGGCGCGCAGAUCGCGACUGCACCCUCGUCGACGAUCACCUCUGUCGAACCCUAGCAUCCACUUUAAGUUGCUUGUCGGUGCUGUCCUUCCCUCGCCGUCUCCAGCGGUUCUCCCUCGUCGCCCCAAGCUUCCGUCUUCUUCUCCAGCGGCGCUCGCUCCGCGCCUCCGGCGAAGUCGUGGGUGCGGGGGGCUUCCAGCGUCCAUGGUCGACAUCGACGAGUGCUCGGUGGCGCUCGUGCCCGAGCUCGAGCAUGCGCUGGCGAACCCGGACCCCUCCUCUAUCCCCCCGGACGCAUGGGCGCCUUUCGAGGCCGCCGCGCUCGGUGUCAUGUGCCGGAUCCAGCCAACCGUCGCCUCGGAGGGGCGCCGUGCGGCCGUUGUCGACUACAUCCAACGCCUCGUCAAGUGUUCCGUCGGCUGCUCGGUCUUUCCAUUUGGAUCCGUUCCACUGAAAACAUAUCUUCCUGAUGGAGAUAUUGACUUGGCUGCUUUCGGUUAUACAUGUUCUGAUGAAAGCCUGGCAAAUGAGGUACGUGCCAUUCUGGAAUCAGAAGAGCGGCGCGAAGAUGCUGAAUUUGAAAUCAAAGAUGUCCAGUAUAUAAAUGCUGAGGUCAAGCUAGUCAAAUGCUUUGUCCAAAAUAUUGUUGUCGACAUCUCAUUUAAUCAGAUUGGUGGACUAUAUACGCUUUGUUUUCUAGAGCAGGUGGAUCAAAGAUUUGAAAAAACCCACCUUUUCAAGAGAAGUAUAGUGCUUAUAAAAGCCUGGUGUUAUUAUGAAAGCCGCAUCCUUGGAGCCCACCAUGGUCUAAUUUCUACCUAUGCCUUGGAGACAUUAGUGCUAUAUAUCUUCCAUCUCUUCCAUGAGUCUUUGGAUGGUCCAUUAGCUGUACUCUAUAGGUUUCUGGACUAUUAUAGCAAGUUUGACUGGGAUAAUAGGGGUAUAAGCUUACAUGGUCCUAUUUCCUUGUCUUCCCUACCUGAGCUAGUUACCGACUCAUCAGGCAUUCAUGAUGAUUGUUUUCUUGAGCGGGAGAAGUUUCUAAGAGAAUGUGCUCAAAUGUUUACUGCCCCCCCUAGGAACAAUGAGAGAAAUACACGCCCGUUCCCUCGAAAAUUUCUCAACAUAGUGGAUCCAUUGAAGCAGAGUAACAAUCUUGGACGCAGUGUCAGCAAAGGUAACUUUUACAGAAUACGCAGUGCUUUUGAUCUUGGUGCCCGGAAGCUUGGAAAGAUCCUUCAAGUUCCUGCCAGUUCUAUUGUGGAUGAAGUCAAUCAAUUCUUCAGGAGCACACUGAAGAGAAACCUCGGCAGGGUACGCCCAGAUGUGCAAGGCACUGCAGUGAACUUGAACAUUGAAAGAGACAACAAGGGCUAUCCACCUUUACACAGUAAUCCAUGUGAGGAUCUAUCUUAUCAGCUCAGUAGUAUCAACAUUUCAGAUAAUCAUGGGUCUUUGAAGCAGGAGGAACAUAGCUCUAGCGGUGAGCACCAGGAAAUGAAAUCUGCUUCACAUCUUGUAACUAGUUCUUUAGUUAGUGUGAGCAAUGGGAUGUCAACGAAGGUGCACAAAGAGGUGGAUGGUGAUCGGUGUGCCACCAUUGACAAUUUAUCAGAUCUCACAGGGGACUACAGAACAAAUUUUAACAAUCUCCUCUAUUCACAGAGUUGCCAUCAAGACUAUCCAGUUCAUCCAAUUUACUAUCCAAUGCUUGCCCCACCACCUGUACAAUAUCAGAACAAACACUCACUGAAUGGUCAUAACAGAAAAAAUGCUUAUGGAUAUCCCAGUGCAAACAGAAUGGCCCCUGGUCCUUAUUCACCUGGCUACUUCUUCUUAAAGCCGUUUUAUCGCACUGAGGAUCCUAUGCAACCUCAUGGAGCAGUCACCUACUUCCCCGACCCAAAUUUGUGCAUGGAGGCACCACCCACUGGACGAGGGGAAAGAAAUAAUUAUUUCCCUCGAAAUAAUUAUCAAAAGCAUCAUCGUUAUGGUAGGGUGGACAUGCCUGCAGAUAUGACACGUUCUGAGGAAUUGAGGCAACAGCCACCAUUGCCGAUUUAUGUUCCUGUUGCAAAUGAUAAAGGAAUUCCCUCUCCGUUGAAGAUACCAACUCCAUCACCCCAUUCUACACAGGAUAAUAUUCAUGGAAGGGGCUUUAUUCAUCCACAUGACAGUAAACUUGAGUUUGGGACCUUGGGGGCAUUGCACAUGGAAGUUAGGAGUGCUUCCCAAAAUCAAGCUAACAGACCAUAUUCUGCUUCUGACACUAAACCUUCUUCAACCCCGAGAUCGAACUCUCCUGGACAAAAUCCUGGAACGGGUUAUAGAUCUAAUGUAAUGAGCAAUGACUAUUGAGGCACACCACAAUUAUUAGUUUCUUAAACAGAAAUUAAGGAAUACUAAGCCAUAUCAUCUCAAGGACAAUGGUGAUUUCCCACCACUAUCCAGUUGACGCGAUAUAUGGCUUACCGCAUAGCAGAGCUGUUGUUUUUUCUGAUCCAACCGGAAAAUACUGAUGUGUGGCGCACACUCAGUGCAGCCAUAGCAGAGGGUUUCUCUUCUAGUCAAGCAUCAUCAUGUACAUCCUAACUUGGUUCUCCAGUCGUCAGAUUCACCUUAUGCGGCGGCGACAAAUGCAAGCUUGCCCUGCAGUAACUGAAGUUUCAGCCCCUACCCCUCCUGGAAAACAGGACAUUUUGUGCCAUGUAGAACUGUAGAUACUUGGGGGCAAAAAUUUAUAUUUCCUUUCGCUUUCUUAAAGUUUUGGCGUUCCCCUUGAGUGGGGAACAGGAUGCAAAGAUGGAUAGAAAAAGGAGAGAAAAAGAGAUAGUUUAGACAUUCCGUUUUUACCUUGUGAGCAUUCGAGGAUUGCCCGGGAGCUCGCUCUUGUAGUGUUAAUCUGUCUGGGUCUUGACUUGCAACUGAAAGACCCCUUGCCCGAAGUAACAUUAGCUGCCUAGAAAUGAUAGGCGUUGCAUAUGUGAGAUUUUGGAGUUGCAGUUAAUACAUGGAAAGAAAUUUUGCUCG